AUGUCUGAGCUCUUCUCGCGCCUUGGAGCCUCCUACAAGGUCUGCCCCCUCAGCUGUGCCUUGGCCUGCAGGCCUCGGUCAGGCCGCUGCUGCAUCACCGCUACCCGCUACCGCGGCAUCUCCUGCUACCGCAGCCUCACAGUAGGAUUCGGCAGCCACAGCGUCUAGGGGCUUCGUUCAGGCAUCUAUGGACGCAGAUUCGGCUACCGCUCCGGAGGCGUGUGCGGCCCCAGCCCGCCCUGCAUCACCAGCGUGUCUAUCAGCGAGAGCCUUCUCACACCCCUCAACCUGGACAUCGACCCCAACGCACAAUGUGUCAAGCAGGAGGAGAAGGAGCAGAUCAAGUGCCUGAACAGCAGGUUUGCUGCCUUCAUUGACAAGGUGCACUUCCUGGAGCAGCAGAAUAAGCUUCUAGAGACCAACUUGCAGUUCUGCCAGGACCGCAAAUGCCACCAGAGCGACCCAGAGCCACUAUUUGACAGCUACAUCCAGACACUGAGGUGGGAGGCUGAGGAGGUGGAGGCCGAUGGUGGGAUGUUGGCCUCUGAGCUCAACCAUGUGCAGCAGAGCCUUCUGUUCUUCACCUCCAGGUAUGAAGAGGAAGUAUCCCUCAGGUCGACUGCAGAGAAUGGAUCUGUGGCCCUGAAGAAGGAUGUGGACAGCAACGAUCAGCAUAAGUCUGACCUGGAGGGCAAUGCAGAGGUGCUGCUGAAGGAGACCAACCUCCUAAGGCGUCUGUAUAAGGAGGAAAUCUAUGUUCUCUCUUCUCACAUCUCAGACACCUCCGUCAUUGUCAGGAUGGACAACAGCAGGCACCUGAACAUUGACCACAUAGUGCCUGAGACCAGAGCUCAGUAUGAUGACAUUACUACCCACAGCCAGGCCAAAGCCAAGUCCGGGUACCAUACCAGGCAUGAGGAAAUGAAGGCCACACACAGGGAUAGAUUGAUCUAUCCUGCUGCCCUGAUCCAGCACAGGGAUACAAUGCAUGGCACCAAGGAAGAGAUCAGCGAGCUGAACCACAUCAUCAAGAGGCUGACAACUGAGAUUGAGGACACCAAGUCCAAGAACACCAAGCUGGAGACCGUGGUGACCCAGUCUGAGCACCGGGGUGAGGCGGCCCUCAACGAUGCCAAGUGCAAGCCAGCAGGGCUGGAGGAGGCCCUGCAGAAGGCCAAGCAGGACAUGGCCUGCCUGCUGAAGGAGUACCAGGAGGUGAUGAACUCCAAGCUCGGCCUGGACAUCGAGAUCGCCACCUACAGGCGCCUGCUGGAGGGCGAGGAGCAGAGGUUGUGUGAGGGCAUCGGUCGUGUGAGUGUCUGUGUCAGCACCUCCUGGAGCAGGGUCGUGUGUGGGGACCUGUGCAUGUCAGGCUCCCAGCCCGUGACAAGCAGCAUCUGCAGCACCCCGUGCAGCAGGAAGAAUGUGACAGGGAGUACCUGCCUGUGGGCACCCUGUGGCCAGAGCUGCAGCGGCAGCCGCUCUGUGUGCUCUGUGGGCUUUGCAUAG